AUGGCAAACAAAGUCGCUGCACUGUUGGUCUUGUGCCUUGUCCUUGUUGCUGCAGUUGAGCUUCCUAAAGCUGCUGCUGAUCAGUUCGGCUCCUGCUUCAGUACCUGCGAACAGGAAUGCCGAUCUGGUGGCAAAGGCCAGACCUUCUGUGAAAUGAAGUGCGACACUGACUGCUUUGACAAGGAAAUUGGAGCCAAACUCCAUAUCACGCGUCCUUGA